AUGCACAGGUCUUUGGAAAAAGUCCUUCUAUGCCUGCUGUUUUGCCUUAAUUUUGUAGGUAAGCCAGUAACUUUAAUUUUUUUAAAGCGUUUGCGAUGUUCCAUUUCAGUGAAAUAAGCACAUAAACAUAUGGUUUAGCUUAGCUGUUUGAAAGAUCUGUAACCUUAAUGUAUCGAUGUUUUUGUGAAAGAAUUUCUGUAAAAUGUAGCUUUUGUGUCUUGGUAUUCGAAUGUGAAGUUUAUGGUUGUUUUACAUAUAAAAACUGAAAAAAGAGAGGCAAUCAAACCCUGACCUAUCUGCCUUACAGAGACCAAAAGAACUGUAAUAAUACCCAUUUAUAUGUGGUGACAAAAUUUACUGGUGUUCCAUUUUACUAUGUAGAUGAAAGUAUUGAGAUAUUUGUCCAGCGGGAAUUUGACAAGGUGAAAAAAAAAAAAAAAAAAGAAAGACACUGUUACAUUAAGUUAGCACUUGAUUGUUGGGUGAUCUAACUUUAUUUCAAAAAUAUUGUACGGUGUUAAUUUUUUAUAACUUGCGACUGGUAUUCCUAUAUAAUCCGGAAUUUACAGAUUGUUGGUAAAAUACUUAUCCUUUUCUUGGCAGAUGGGAGCAAACAACAUUACGAUGACUUGGAAAGACUCCAAAACGACUUAUUCGCAAACUACAGUACAAAUAUCAUUCCGCAGAAAGAGAAGACAACUGCAGUAAAAGUAAAGUUUGAUAUAGCUCUCAAUCAAAUCAUUGACUUGGUAAGUUUUUCAAUGUCCCUUAAUUACGCAAACCUAAUCUACAAAACCCGUAUGGCUUAGUGUAUGUCUUUUAACAUGUUAGUUGAGGUUUCAGGGGUGCUAAAAUUAGGUUUCUAAGACAGAACUGACGUUAGACGCGUACAUUUAUCUCAGAAGAAAUGCACCAUUAAUUUUAUGUUUGUGGCCCGAUAGAUUUUAAUUAAAUUACACGAAUCGGGGAGGACAUCGAGCAAAGUUUCUUCCUUCGCAAAUUGGGAUGAAAAAAGCGUCAGUUUUAAACAAUGCUUUUGGGAGAUAGCAGGUCAUAAUUUCACAGUUCCAAAAUAAUACACCAUGACAAAGACCCAAAGGAAAAACAAAAGAGAAUAUAGUCUGUGCCUCAUUUACUGUUUCCCAGCCAGUUUUAUGACUGCGGUGCAAGUACGCUUUAAUAAUUCAUAGUUAUCAUACGUCCUGUGGCUGUUGGAAAAGUAGCCUGAAGAUAAUUACUCAUAUGAGACCUGCUGGGCCGUGGGACUUCCAAUCUUGAUUUCAAAGUGUAUGUUGGUGAACUUUGGCGUAUUCCUGAUGCUCAGCUUGGCGGCGUUUAAGUAAAGUGUUUCGCUUAUAAAUUUCUCAGUAAUCAUUGCAUGUUGAACAUUCUUGGCUGGCUGUAUAUUUUUUCAUGGAAAAUUUAUAUAUUUACUGAGUUUAAGGCUAAGUGGGUCAUCCAUUUCUGUCAGAUGUUCAGUUGAUAAACAAGAACGGAUGGCGCAUGAGAUACUGCAUUUAAUAUAACCGUCACUGGUAGAGAUAAGAGUAAUGAAUAAAAACCGAAGGAAGAGAACAUUUUCUCCUUUUCUUUGUAACACAGAGCUGCGACUGUCUUGUCGUUUUAUGGAUGUAAUGAACAUUUAUAGCGGCAUAUUUUAUCUUCGGACUUUGCAAACGGUUCAAGUCGUUUAUACAAAACUUUUUUAGAUACCCCUGUGCGAAACUGAUGUGAUCAAUAUCGAAUUGAAGUGUAUAGCCCAAUACUGAAGAAAAUCACAGAUGAAUUGUCAUUUGUUGCGACAAGCUAUUCUUUUCAGAGAGGAAAACAUUACAAGUAAUCAAAAAAAAAAACAACCCCAUGUUUCAAGGGAUUGUUCACAUAAUUUUCCUGAUAUGUCAUAUUUCUUGCCCGUGUGAAAAGAUGUUGUCUCUGCACUUGUCUUAGGCAAUUUAUCCAUCCCAACCUCCGCAACAGGAACCUAGGUGAGAACUUAAUUGGACACCUUAGAAUGGGGCAUUCAUUUACACAAGGAAAUUAGUCGAAAAUGGUAAAACACCUUAUAAUGUUUUCCAAAAAAAUUCUGUUCUUAUAAAUGUUCUACGGUAACAAAGUCUAAUAACGUCACGGAAAAGUUUCUGUUUAGGGAUGGAGGGGAAUGAAGUCGAUAUUUCUUGGGAACUCACACUACCUUUUGAGACCAUUCUCCUUUAAGGUUCAUCUGAAUGCUAAUUUCUUUCAUAUCGUGACUACAAUGCCUCAGCAAAAAAUAUACAGUUUGGGCAGUUUUUGGCAUAUUUCUUAGUUAAAAUUGUCUUUACUGAACUAAAAAACUGAGCUGUCGCAAAGUUGUACUCAUAAAACUUUCAAAGGUUAUCAAAGUUAGCUUACAAGACAUAUAUGGUGCUCAAAACAACUGACACAAAAGUUUUUGAGAUGUAAGGUUAAGUAACUUUGCAAUCGAGAAAAUCAAGAAUCACUGUUUUUGCUCAUUUUCAUUUGACUUAAAAAGAAUUCAAACACAGGUGACUGGAAGCAGCUUUCACAACACUUCUCAACGUUACAACUUACAGCGUGCAUGUGAAGUGUCUGUGACUGGUGUCCAUUGCUCUGACAUGAUAAUUUCUGAAAAGGCUGUCUUUUAGUGUUAAUCAAAUUUCAUUGCAUGAAAGCUAAGAUAUGUUAGGAGGUACGUCACAGAUAAAAGCAAUCAGAUGUUGGUCAAAUGUUUCAGCCAGGUUUAAAGCGCUCUUUCCCAAAACUUGAGUGCUCUAGCCCCGGGCUCUAUAGCUAUUUUAUUUAAAAUCAUUACGCGUACGUUCGAACUUCAAGAUAAGAAAAACUUCACAUCAGUUCUAACGUAGCUAAUGCCUUAUACCAAGCUCAGGAGUUUUCAUCAGUUUGAUUCAUGUGCAAUUUCUUAUUUUUGGAUUACAUCUGUGUAACGAUGUUCUCAUGAUUUCUGGAGACCUGAAGACACUUUGGCGUUGCGUUCGUACCUUAGACACUCUCUCAGUACAAUCAACAGCAGAAGUGUUUUGUUGAAAUUAAAAUUUGUGUAUUCUGUAUAUUCCCUCACGGUUGAUAAUAUCACGCCUUGCUUUGACGAAGAAUUUUACGCUGUUCAAAUACAAAUGUUCUAACUGCCUAAAAGCGUUUCACAGGAUGAAAAUAUCAGGUCUUGAUUGUUAAAACAUUGAAUUAUUCAUAGAGGAGGAAAUAAUUUUUCUUUCCUUCUUCUAUUAAUGAUUUUUUUUGUGUUCUGAUAUCUUACAGGAUGAAAGAUUGCAAACCAUGACUACCAUUGUGUGGGUGAGACUGGUACGAAUAAAUUACAGUCCACGACAUAGAAAAGUCACUACGCUUAUGAAACGGAAAAUACGAUUCGUCUUGAAAAUUAGUGAUAUUUGAGAAAAUAUUUUACCUAGCUUAUUAAAACCGUUAGCAAUAUGACGUUACUUUGAGGCAAGGCAACCGCAUCACUAAUUUUUCUUUGUUUUUUCACUGGACAAACAGGAUGGUUUUAUUUAUUGUGUGAAAUAUGUAAGAUAUGUGUUCUUCUUGAGAUUGUUUGGAAAAUUGGAGACGAACCACUGGCUUAAAAAUGUGUGAAGUCUCAUGUACCAGUUUCCUUUCUGUAUCAUUUUCUCUUCAGUAUUGGAGCGACUUCAGAUUAAAGUGGAACAGCUCUACGUAUGGAGGAAUUAAGUCUUUUGUCACUUCUUCAAAGAAAGUCUGGCUUCCAGAUAUCACCCUAUACAACAAGUGAGUGUUGUCAGUUUGUUUUAUUUGAUAAUUACCUUUCAGAGGAUGGUCGUUCUACUCAAUGGCAGUGUUGUCUAGUAUCGAACAAGGAUUACAGGUCGUGAAACGAAGUUAGCGCGAUGCAAGUAAAAAGCAAGCAUGCUAUAAUUUUACCUAGAAUAUCUUAAUGGAUGACCGAAAUCACACUCAUAUUUUUUAUAUUGACGUAUUUCUGAAAUUUCUAAAAACAACCGGGGAGUAACUUGAAUUUUCGUUUAGAUUUGUCAAACUCACUCACUCAAGUUAUAUAUAUUUAUGGAAGUUGAGAAUUAAGGCAAUUGAUUGAAGAAACGAACUAUUUUUUUUUUCAAUUCUGUGUAUAGCGCAAACGACAAUUACGACAAAGAAAAAGAGGAAUAUUAUGGUCUCACAAUAAAUUCCAAUGGUAACAUAGGCUGGUUCUAUCCGACAAUAUUUAAAAGUUCCUGCACUAUUGACGUCACUUAUUUUCCCUUUGAUGAUCAGGUGAGUAGGUAUAUGCCUAACUCGAUUGAGUUAUCAAUGCCUUUAAUUUUGUUCUCAUUGAGAAGCCGCAUAUGGUGAUGAGUUUGAAUGACUCUAGUUUCUUGGAUGCUUGGUGAACCUCCUAGGUUGUCUAGGUACAUCCAAGACUUAUCAUGAUGUGAACUCAGUACUUAGCACCUUGUGAUUAGUUUUUUCUUUUGAUGUUCAUCUUUAGUCUGUAAUUGAACAGACACAUGAAACCUAAAAAGGACAACGAUGCCAAGAAAGCAAAAAAAAAAAAUGCAAGCUAAUGCAUUCAUGAGCUUAUGGGCAAAUAUCAGACCUUUGGACGGACAAACUUUAACAAUAAUAUAUUCCAAAUUUCUCGUUAGAAAUGCAUCCUCAAGUUUGGCUCUUGGUCAUAUCACGGCCUGAGUUUGGACAUAUUCCACACUGGACCAGGUGACAUAGAGGCUUUCACAGAUAAUGGCGAAUGGGUUCUAGUCGCUAUGCCUGUAACCAAGUUCAUCACCAAAUAUCGGUGUUGCCCAGAGCCUUAUCCAUUCAUUACCUACAAUGUUGUAAUUCGUCGUCGAACUAUGUAUUACAUCCUGAAUUUCUUAACACCUUGCGUGCUCAUGUCAGCCUUAACAAUCUUGGGUUUUUUCCUUCCCGUGGAGUCUGGCGAGAGGAUGAAUGUGGGUGUGACGGUACUGCUGUCGCUAACUGUAAUACUUCUUUUGUUAGCUGAGGAGCUUCCAGCCACGUCCGAGGUAGUACCUCUUAUUUCACGUUACUACACUAUUACAAUGAUUAACGUUUUCAUCUCGAUUGUUUUCACGUGCGUUGUCCUCACGUUCCACCACCAUGCACCGACCCCUCUGCCAGCCUGGGUACGACUCUUUAUUUGUCAAUGGUGCGCAAACGCACUACGGGUGAAGAGAAACAGCAAUAUAAACGAAUCGUGCCUCCCGGCAAGAAGGUUCUUUAAAAAUCGCAGCAUGAGGAGACACUCACUCGGGGAGAGGCUUUACAGCGAGGAAAACGCAGAGAAUGCUACGACAAAUCCAUUUAGUGACGCAAACCAUUCACAGCCACCCGGGUCAGCAUCGACUACAUCAAUCCAACUAAAGAAACUCGACGAUAGAAAUCCAAAUUUGCGGAGGCGAUCAAAUCAAGUUUCAAAAAAGUCUGAAGCUUUGGACGUUCUUGUACAAAGGACUAAGAAAGACGACGAGAAAGAAAGACAUGUCGAAGAAUGGCACUUUGCUGCCAAGGUACUUAAUAGAUUGUUCAUGUGGAUUGUUCUGUUCCUAGUUGUAUUCAACUGUCUUAGUGUUUUAUUUUCGGCUCCUAGUGAGAAUCUCAGCUAGACUCGAUUAAUAUUUGUUAAUAAGGGAAAGUUCGCAUUUAAAAGGGCUUAAAUGCUAACAGAGUGAAUGAAGAUGUAGUGAAUGGAUAUCUGGAGACCUCGAUCCCUACGCCGCGUAGUUCAAUUGUUCCAUUCCAUGCGCGCUCAGCAGCUCGCCAGGAGAAUUGAAUUUAGGAAUAAUAGCUGGUAUGACGUGUGGUAUGGUAGACGUAUGGAACUUGCUUCCCCAAUAAAAAAUGAUACGGAUUGUCCAGAAAUAUUAUAGAAUGAUUAUCUAUUCCUGGAUAAGGUGAUAAAAUAUCUAAGUAAGAUUAAAUGAGAAGAAACCGAGAAUCUAUUGAUAAAUUCUACAACAGUGACACGGAAGAAUAGUUUUAACAACCGAAUGAAACGCGGAAAGAGAAAAUAUGCCCCACCAGAAAAUAACAACAUAAUUAAAAGGGAUGAGUCAUUCAUAAGUGACAGCUGCAAGAAAAUAAAACAUACAUAAAGUCACUCUUAAUGCCAGUUUUUCUAUUGUUCUGACGGUACGCACUGAUGACCAACAGGCUACUGAGCAACAACACUCUCUUGGACCCUGCGGAAAUAUGAGCUUUCUUCCAUGAAGUAGUCCUUCCAAAAUGUUGCAUUGCAGGACAAACCAAAUGUAAUAAACAUGGAAUAAAACAAGUAAGGCUUUAAUAAUAUGGGUAAUAAAACGUUCUUACGGAUAACAAUUCAUGAUCAUUCUGAACUCCAGUAAAGAUAAUUAUACGGAGACGUGGUUGUUUCAACUUUGAUGUAAACCCCACAUUGUAAAAUAGUGUUUGAACAUUCAUUUUCCAAUGCAUGAUAAAAAAAUAAACCAGCUUUGCUUAGGGCUUUAAAGUUAUAUAAGAAAUAUCAAUAUGAACGAUUUCCAUUAACGGAUCGUCAAGUAAAAAGUCGUCUAAAAACGUUUUUCUCUCUUUUUUGUUUUAAUGACUUCUAUCCCCAGCAAUAGUUACGUCAUCUUUUCAACGGAAUUAUCAUGAACUGCGCUAUAAAAUGGAAAGAGAAAAUACCAUUAAUUACUAUUUGAAAUGAGUCAACACGUAAUCAUAGCGGUAGGACUAAAAGAAUCAAUUUCGACUUAUAAGGCUUAAUUGCGGUCCACACUACCUGAUCCUAGCAACAGCGAAGAACUCCCUUUACAUAGCCAGGGAAAACGUUCCCCAAUGUUUUCGUUGGAACCUUGUUCAUCAAAAAAUAAUUAGGCUUUAUCAAAUGAGUUGAUAGUGUAAAUUGUCCACUGUAAAUCGUUUCUAAGGCUGCCGUUUCAAGCGUUUGCCCUUCGUCAGAGCGAAUAAAAACCUACUCCAUCUAUUCAUUUCUUGUUCAUCAUAGCUAAUCAAGACCAUCAUUCUGAAAUGUCUAAUUUGGCAAACAUCACAGGCACAGAAACCAAUUUUUCAUGGGAAUAAGCGUUUGUUAACCAAAAGGAUUUCAGAAUAUAGUGUGAAGGAAGCAAUCUGUUUUGACGUUGUAUAAUCCUGUAAAAAGCUUUCUCUGUUUACUCUUUUCGGAAAACGUCUAAAAGUGCUGUAAAUUAGCAUGAAACCUUCUAAUCGGUUAACCCAACUGGGAAGACCUUCUACCAAACAUCAGAUCCCUUUCACACCACUUCCUCUCUUCUUUUCUGAAACGAAGUUUCAUGGUUUGGAAGCUUCGGGAGGUUGUCACUGAUAGUCACUAUGAACAGGUUUUCGGAUCGCGCUCAACGCUGCAUUCCCUUAGGGACCACGCUUAAGUGUCUUGUUCAGGAUUUCUCCUGCUGCUAAUAGUAAACAAGAAAUAGUUAAAUUCAAAACGCUUAUUUUGAUAUCUGAAUUUAGCGGUCUGAUAACUGCAGGUCGUAUUAGAGCUACAGUACUAUGAUCUCAUGACCGAUUUCUUUGGGAAUGAAGUUCUUAUUUCAGUCUCGGUUCGGCAAAACUGGCUCUAAUUUUAAGCGUUUGAAACUCUUUUUUUAUUUUUUGUACUUCUCAGCAUGUUGGUCAGCGCGUGGUUUGCCCUCAUUUGUAAUGAAAGCACUAACACAGUGGUUUACAACAUUCAUCAGUUAAAAAAAAUCAGAGUAUUUCCAUCAUUCAGGACGCUUUUACAACACUAAGUGAUACUAGCAUGAGCUUCGGUUCUUUAUCGGUGUUAAGCUGUCAUGACACUCACGAAGAAGAUGAUAUGAGAAAGUCUAUUAUUCUAGGUUCUGCAAUAAAUUAAAUUCCAGAUGCUGCAACAAUCAACACAGCUCUUUCCUGGAGUUCUCAUUGGAAACAUAAUUGCAAUAAAGAUGAUUAGAUGAACCACUGGCAGAGCAAUUUGUAUGUUUUCAAUUUCCUAAGAAAAGAGGAAAGGUUAAUAACCAACCAAUAGCGUUACUGAUAAGAUAAAUACAACUUGAAGGCCACCUGUUUAUCAAGCCAACCAAUUGCUUUAGUUAAAACUAUCCGCGCUGUAAACAUACAGCUUCCUUUACGCGGAUGUUCCAAUAUAAAUCGUUGAGGUAUGCAGAGAAUUGUGUCGCCUAGUCUUAAAAAACACCAUAAUAACGUGAUGGCAAGUUGUUAGUACCUCAAAAAGAAUGAUUUCUUGCCAAUUCAAACUUGUGACUAGCUUGGUUUCAGUUUAUGUUGUUGGCAUCUUGCGUUCAAGCGAAGGUAAGUUUUAAUUAUGCGCUUAAAUGAAAAAUCUUGCGACGACAUUUUAUUUUCAGUACGACAGAGAAGAUAUGGUACAUUCUCCAUGCAAAUUCUCUGGAAGCAACGGAUGUUUGUCGGUUGUAAUCGCAAAUGCAGAUUUUUUUCAGAUUUUAAAGGCCUCAAUUCUGCUCUGUUUGCCAAAAGGGAAAAAGAGAAAAUAAUCGGCUCAGAAUAUCAAUCCUCCUCCACUCGAAAAAUUCCGCUAGUUGAUUGACUUAUUAAAUUAUUAUAGAAUUAGUGAGGAAUUAGAAAGAAUUAGAAUUAGAAAGGAUGAGUCAUCUUUACUAUUAUUAUUUUAUUAAAAUUUUCCACACGACAAAAUAGGUGUUACACUAUGGUAAUCUCCGCUUCACAGGAAAUUGAAGGGAAAAAUGUGGAUCACGAUGUGAAUAACAUUAAGAACCAAAUUGUUUGUUGAACUUUUAGCCGGUCAAAUGUGUGCACUCAUCAUAUUACAAGGAGAGGGAUUGAACAUUUAAGCGCGGCGUGGUGAAUGUAUUUCAUAGACGUAUGCGGCAUAGUAAAACUCAUAUGAAAUUGUUUCGUAUAUAUUACGAGGUUCGACAACAGAAAGAGGGAAUUUUGCGAGAGAUCCGCGUCGAAUUCUCUUGAUGAUAUGAUAACCAAUAAAAAGCUAGACGGGUAAAUAUUCGCUAUGUACCAAGGCGAUAUUGACGAGAAACCAUGUAAUAACUGCAAGCAAUUAGCAAAAACAAAAAAAAUCUUAGUUACCAAACUAAACAACACAGUUAUCUGGGAUGAAUAAACAAAAGCAAUUCGCUGCCUUAAAAAUUGACAUGAAUAGGCUGAAGAAAAAAGAUAUUCGAUUUACGUUCUUGUUGCAUCAAACUGACAAAGAUUUAAAUCCAAUAUCUUCCGUAGGGUGGUCAAAUAAGCUGACCUAUUUAUUACUCUGUUGAUAUGUGACUCGCAUUCAAUGUUCUGUUGUGAUCAUAAGUAAGAAUAAAUUUUGCGUCGGCUUUUCAACUAGCUAUGGGAUGAAGGAAGAAGUGUGUGUGUUGACCUUUCAUGGGGUCUUUACUGAUAUUCAUCCUUAGCUCCAUUCUUAUUAAACAAUCUUGUUGUACUCAGCAUCCGGGUUAUCGCGCUUUCAUCCUUUGUUUAUUCAAAGUUUCAUUAGUACAGUGCUACGAUAAGUGAAACAAAACAUUUCCUUCGCCAUCCUCCCCGUCCUGGUAAUUUCAUAAAAAUGCUGAUUUCUAUUUUGUAGGCGCACCCAGUUCAGAGAUAGUUCAGAAGCUUGAACAUAAGUUAUUGAGCAAAUAUGACAAAAGCGUGAUUCCUAAAACAACACUGGAGAGCGGGGUUACUGUUACAUUGGAUUUGGCAUUGAAUCAACUCAUUGAUGUGGUAAGUUUAUCAGUGUGAAAUUGAAAAAUUGAAUAACUAGGAGCGUGCCAGAACGAUAACCUAACAAACUCGAUCUGUCGAAACACACAGUCCCACUACAGGCCAUAGUGGCAGAAUUAUAGAUUUUUUAAUUUUAUCAGUGAUACUUCGUAGCUGGUAGGACUGGCUGCUAGCUUGUGUCUACAUAAGCUUUGUCUGUCUGCAUAUCUCUCAUUCUUUCAAUUCUUUGACGUUUCCUAUUUCAAAUCUCGUUGCAGAACAAGCGAGCCCAGACAAUGACGUCAGUGAUUUGGGUUCGACAGGUAAGCAAUUACUUGAUUUUGGUUGCUUCUGUAUUUAAAGAAGCGACCAUCAAAAUGUCUUUAAUACCCAUUACACAACAGAGUUUUAGGUGAAGAAAAGACUUAAGUGCUAUUCAACGUUCACGUGUUUUGCCGGUAUUGAGAAGUGUUACAUGGCGAAAAUGAAAUCGAAAGUAAUUUCCCUUUUAGCCUCUUUUUAUCCCACCGGCUAGCCCUUUCAUUUCCCUCUUACCCAGUUCCCUUCUCGGUGUACAGAUUGGCAUACAUAAGGAGUAAUCUCCCCUUGACAUACAAAUUCGCCUCUGCUAAAAGUAGGUCAAAGGUAAUGGACAGAGCUGGCAUACCUAGUCAAUACGUCAACCAAUCACAUCAUAAAUUCAUUCUCUGUUAAAACUUCGACAUGAAUAUAAAUGAAAGUGGUUUUCAUGUUUCUAGUAUUGGAGCGAUCACAGACUUCGAUGGAAUUCCUCUGAAUAUGAUGACGUAAAAUCAAUUGUGACACAGGCAAGCUAUCUGUGGCUCCCAGACAUCACACUGUAUAACAAGUACGUUUUGCUCUUAGCACGCUUACGUACCUUAACUUUUGAGUUAACUAUAAAAAAAACUUAAUGACUUGUUCCACAGGAAGAUAGUUCAUUAAGUUUCCCGAGGGUCUCAUGAGAUUAGAGGGAAACAAAAUGAAUUGUUUCUCGGGAGACCAAUCGUUUAGUGAUUUGUUUGGUACAGCGAAGAAAUAAGUCGACAUAAAGUGCAAAACAAAUCGUAAAUUUAUAGAUUACAUGUAAGUACAUAUGAGGUCAAAAUACUGUAAAGCCAAAAUUUCUCACCACCCACAAUCAUACUCUGUCACCCGCAACGCUGGUCGUCGGUCAGUUCUUAAGGAAAACCGUUCACAAUUACUUUCUGACGCCAAAGACUUUGGAGUGUUGCCCGCUCACAGAGUUUUGACAGAAACAGUUCUAUAGAGAAAGAUUUUUUUUUUCGUCUUGUCACGAGCUUGGGACAAGGAAAAAAUUCUGAGUCCCUGAGAGGAAUCAAAUCCAAGACUGACCGUAAAGCUCUACCACUGAGUGUCAGAGACUCGACAAUGAGCUAGGCCAAUACAAGGUUUAUAUGUGACCUACGUUCAACCUACUGGUGGGAUAAGCAUGUCGAACGAUAAUAUUUAGGCUCAGUAAUGACAUAGGGUAAGAGUUCUUCCGACUUUUCACGAGCUUGGGACGCUUGAACCACAGACCCUCAGAAUAACUGUAACCCAUUGGUUGGAAAUCGGGGCGCGGCGCGGAAUCCGAACGUCUGAGAUUCGAUUCCUUAUAGGGACUAACAUUUUUUUUUUAUCCCAAGCUCGUGACACGAUGAGAAAAAAUCUUUCUCUAUCUCAUUACGGAACUCAGAAACGUAAACAGUGUCAUUGUUUGAUAUAAUGUGACCAAAAGAAGGCAUUUAUGAGGCCACGUGUUGCAAAUCUGAGGUUCGAUCCCUCAUGGGAACUCAGAAAUUCUCUUUUUAUCCUUAGCUCGCUAUACAAUAAAAAAGGUCUCUCUUCAUCUCAUUUCCUGAGCUCAGAAACGUUAAUAGUGUCAUUGUGUGAUAUCAUGUGACCCCAAAGUUACCAAAGAGUAUAUGCGCUGUUAGUGAAAACGUUCCAGCUCUUGAAACCAAAUCUUUGGUUUCAACAGCCUGAGUUCCGCGAGCUGGGUGGAAUUAGCGUUAAUUUCAAUAAAUACACACAAAGGCAUCACUGAGGCCAAGUGCUGCAAAUCUGAGAAGUUCAGUUCUGGACAUAAAUGUAUGCUAUCACUGAUAAUACAAACACGUAUGAGACAACAAACAGCCGUAAACUUUCAUAGUGACCACCUUAUUUCUCUUCAUGCAGUUAUCCUUUGGCUAUAUCUUUGUAUGCUCUGAUACCACGUGAUCUCUUGCAGCGCCAAGGACGAUUAUAAUAUUGAUAAAGAAUCGUAUCAUAGCCUGACCAUAACUUCAGACGGAAACAUAUCAAGGUACUUCCCAACUAUCUACAAAUCCUCUUGCAGGCUGGAAGUCAAGAAUUUUCCCUUUGACGACCAGGUAACAACUUUGAAAAAUAAUCUCUUUUUCAAGAUAGGAAAAUUUUUGCAGACAGAAUCAUCAAAAAGAAACUAGCCUUGCCUAACAGUGUUUUCAUCAUUAUCUUGUAGGUUUGUACUCUAAAAUUGGGCUCGUGGUCGUACAACAUUUAUGAGAUGAAUCUUUUCAAUAUAGGCGACGGCGACACCAGCUCAUUCAUUGCCAAUGGAGAGUGGAUUCUUCAAGGCAUGCCCUCAAAAAGACACGUGACUAAAUUUCGCUGUUGCCCCCAUCCGUACGUGUAUUUAACAUACAAUAUUCAUAUCAAGCGACGGUCCUUGUACUACGUGCUAAACUGUUUCAUGCCGUGUCUAAUCAUGAUGGCCUUAACAAUCCUUUCGUUCUACUUACCGUCAGAAACUGGAGAACGGAUGGGCGUUGGUAUAACAGUGCUGUUGUCUUUGAGUAUCAUUCAGUUGAUUUUAUCCGAUUCCCUUCCACCCACCUCGGAAGUACCGCUCAUUGUCGUCUACUAUGGGCUUACCAUGUUAAAUAUUUUUAUGUCUUUGGUUUUCUCUUGUGUCGUCCUAACUUUGUAUCACCACACUGCUGUUCCGCUACCUCGCUGGAUGCGAACUUCAUUGUGUGAAUGGGGGGUAAAAUUGGUCCGCAUGCAACAAGAAUGGAUCAUAAUACAAGAAAAGAGGAAACAGAUAGAGAUAAAGCAGAAAUUCUCAGGAAACGACAUCAUCACUAAAGGUGCCGUAGUGAACUGGAUACCAGAAAUUUCGCUACCUUCUCAAACACAAACAACCGAACUUAUUACAGGUCAAAGCCUCGAUGAGCGGUCAAGUGAAACAGAAAAUGACUUUUUACUAAGCCAAAGAUAUCGCGAAGAGGACAAAGCGCAAAUACUUCGUGAAGAAUGGAAAUUCGCUUCACGAGUAGUCAAUAAAUUCUUCAUGUGGAUAAUCGUAAUGGCUAUUAUAAGUAACGCUUUGUAUGUAGUCCUCAAAGCCCCCAGAGGCAAUUUCAUUUUGAAUUGA